AGGCAGGCAGGUGCUCCUUCUGGCCGCAAGGGGGCAGCAGGAGCCUCUGGACCCAGGCAGCGCUGCAGGCUCAGGUGGGUACCAGGGGGCUCCUCUUCAUCUGUCCAUCGAAGCGGAGGGAAGGUGGAGGGCAGAAGCCUUGGUGCAGUCAGAAUGUUGCCUUUCACAGACUGGAUCCUGGAGGAGCUGGUGCUGGAGAAGACACUCUUCCGGACCCUGGCCAUCUCUGGUCUGUGGCUUUCGCUGCUGGCUUUGCUCCUCUACCUGCUUCAGAGGAUUGUUGGUUUCUGCUACCACUUCUAUGUUGUGUGCCAGAGACUGCGCUACUUCUCAGAGCCCCCCCGCCAAAGCUGGCUCUUGGGGCACCUGGGUUUUAUUAAGCCUAAUGAAGAAGGCUUGGUGAAAGUGGCUGAGCUGGUGGGCGCAUUCUCCCCAUGCUUUGUGACAUGGAUGGGGCCCUUCUUGCCAGUUGUGAGCUUGGUUCAUCCUGACUAUAUCAAGCCAGUUGCGACUGCCUCAGCUGCUGUUGCUCCAAAGGACCGAUUCUUUUAUGGCUUCCUGAAGCCCUGGCUGGGGGAUGGACUACUUCUGAGCAGUGGGAAAAAGUGGGGACGACACCGUCGCAUGCUUACUCCUGCCUUUCAUUUUGAUAUCCUGAAGCCUUACAUGAAAAUCUUCAAUCAGAGCACAAAUAUCAUGCAUGCCAAAUGGCGGCGUCUGACUUCAGCACAACCUGCCUCCAUUGACUUGUUUGAGCACAUCAGCCUCAUGACUCUGGACAGCUUACAGAAAUGUGUCUUCAGCUACAACAGCAACUGCCAGGAGAAACCAAGUGAUUACAUCUCAGCCAUCCUGUUGCUCAGCUCUCUUGUAGUGCAUCGGCAGUACCGACUGCACAACCAUUUUGACUGGAUCUACUAUCUGACAGCAAAUGGCCGUCAAUUCCGCCAUGCCUGUGACACCGUGCACCGUUUUACUGCUGAUGUGAUCCAGCAGCGACGAAUGGCCCUUAGCCGUUUGGGACAGGACGCCUGGCUUAAAUCCAAGCAGGGCAAAACUAUGGACUUCAUUGAUGUCCUGUUGCUGGCCAAGGAUGAAGAUGAAGCCAUUAUUGAAGCCCCCUUUGGUUCAGGCAGAUUCUCACAGGUCUAUAACCCAUACCGCUUUGAUCCAACAACCAUGAGGCAUCAGUCCCCGUUGGCUUUUGUGCCCUUUUCAGCAGGACCCAGGAACUGCAUUGGGCAGAAUUUUGCCAUGGCAGAGCUGAAGGUGACCUUAGCCCUGACGUUGCUCCGGUUCGUAGUGAGGAUAGAUGAGACCCAAACUGUACGGCGCAAGCCAGAACUGAUCCUGAGGGCCGAGAAUGGGCUGUGGCUGCAAGUGGAACCUCUGCCUGCCAAACCUUGAUCAGAAAGCCCUAAGACCACUACCACCACCAUCAUGCAACUGGAAGUCUGUGGCCUUAGCACUGAAUCUACAUUGGGAUAUGUGCAGAGGAUUUGUGGUGGUCAGAGGAGCAGUCUUUCUAAAGUGGCAAACCAGAGCAGGACUGUAUUAGUUGUGUAUCUCUACCACUAUGCCAUCCUUGCCAUUGCUGUUUAGCCCUGGUUUUGUGAAUGAGAUAAAGAGAUCUUCUACCAGUUAUGUGCUACUACAUUAAAGCCUUACAGGUUUUGACUAUAAAAA